AUGGGGCAUGCUGGGCGCCAAUUCCAAGCCCUGCUGUGGAAGAACUGGCUCUGUAGACUGCGGCACCCGGUCCUGUCCCUCGCUGAAUUCUUCUGGCCAUGCAUCUUGUUCAUGAUUCUGAUAGUACUUCGUUUUCAAGAACCUCCUAGACAUAGAGAUAGUUGUUACCUGCAAGCCCGGGAUCUGCCAAACCAGGGCGUUCUCCCCUUUGUUCAAAGCCUCCUUUGUAACACUGGGUCAAGUUGCAGGAACAUCAGCUUUGAGAGUUCCAAGGAUCAUUCUUUUCGUUCAUCUAGGGUCCAAACUGCGGCUGGCCACAAGAAGGCCAGUAGCUUGGCCUUUUUAAAAGAAAUACAGGACCUGGCUGAGGAAAUUUAUGAAACGAUGGACAAGGCAAAAAACUUACAAAAAACUUGGAUGAAAAGAUCUGAAACCCCAGAUUCUUUGUAUGGUUCCAGUUUUUUAACAAUGGAUCUCAAUAAAGCUGAAGACGUGCUAUCAAAAUUGGAAAGCCUCCACAAGCAAUCUCAUGUUUGGGAUUUUCUAGUUUCACUGCCCAGACUACACGUACCCAGUGCUCACUUGGAAGACACUAUACAUGUUGUGGUACAUUUUCUCCAGGCAGUUUUGAAUUCAUUAACAUCUCUGGGAGAUUUAGACUGGCUGCCACUCCACCAGACCUUCCCCCAGCUUUCUAAACCUGUGCUGAACGUGACCAUCUCGACACUGAAGUUUCUGCAGCAGCACAGAGCAGUCAUCAAUGAGUCAGUUUAUCACCUGUCCCUGAAUAAUAUGGUAUGGGAUCCACAGCAAGUCCGGUCUGAUCUUCAAUCCCAGUUCGGUUUUGAUGAUCUUCAAAUGGAGCGAAUCCUGAAUUACUCAGUUGAGCUGAAGGAGAUUCCUACAGGCGGUUUCCUAGAAAGGAUGAUAUGCUUAGUCUUGGCCAACACGUCUGAGGUUGAAGCUGAGGAUGAAGCUGAAAGCAAAGGCUGCAGUGCAGACUCUCACCACAAGGGGUCAGAAGUCAAGAACUAUCUCCUCCAUGUGGUCAGCUGGCUGAAACUCUAUGGACAGGUGUUUGAACAGUGGCAACAGGGUGGCCUACUGCAGAAUAUGCUUGCGAGUGCCAGCUACAGUCUGGUGGCCCUGCAGAACCAGCUGGAAGAAGAGAGUGAGCCAUGGAAGGUGGCAGAAGCCUUGCACACCAUCCUGCUUCUUCUAAAUGACAGCCUGGCAACUGAUGGCCCCGGAGACAGCCAUCUGUUCCCACAGAUAUUCCAACAUCUGGGGAAGCUGCAGUGUGUACUGCAGGACCUGCCCCCGGCACCAGCUCUGAAGAGGCUGCUGCAGCUAUUUGCUGCUCUCAGGAACCUGGUAGCCCAGGAUUUGAGUUUCCUCCAAGAAAUCCUCACUCACCUAGAGACUUCAGCAAGGGGCUUUAUACCCACUGGACCUGAUGAAGCAGAUACUUUCUUUUGGGGGUUAAAGCAGUUGUUGACCAAGAAUGCUUCUGCCACUUGCCUGAAUGGACACUUGUGUGAGGAGGGUCCCCCCUAUCCUGGGAACUCCAGCAUCUGGGGUAGUCUCUGUGCAAUGCUGUGUCACCCUGCCUCCUUCAACAGAACCAGUAUUUUAAGAGAGCUGCUUCGUGCAGUGGAGGACGCUGGGCGUGGUUUGCAAGAGGCCAUUAUAGGACACACAGACUUGCCAGUUUCAGGACCUGAAGGGCAUUUAGGAUGGCAGGAACUUGACAUGCAGCUGUCAGAAGUGAGCCUUUCCUGUUCUCGGCUCUUCCAGCAGCCAGGAGCUGAUGCUCCUUCUGGGAAUGGUGCCUCUUCUGGUAGCUGUGAGCAUCAACUUGUCUCCACAGUGAUAUUUCAUAUACUUGAAAAAGCACAAUUGUCCUUGGAGCAAAUGUUUCACUUCCAAAUAGGGCUCAUCAGGAAGUCUUGUGAAGUGGCUCGAUAUGUGAACAUACAUGGAACUUUCCAGAACAGUAUGCUGGCUUUCUCUGAGGACUCUCCUUGUUAUGCAGAAAACCUGGAUUGGAAAGUUAUCAUUCAUAACUAUUUUGUAUUUUUCAAUAACUUAAUGAAGUUUCCAAUAACUUCUAUCACCAGGGCCUUAAACCUCACAAAGCACCUUUUAGUGCUAGAAAAUAAGCUGCACACCGCUGAGGAGGGACAGACAAACACUCUCUUUUCAUUUGUGGAAGUCUUGGAGGAAUUAUUAGUGGGCAGUCUUUCUGACUCGUCUGGUGUUCCUGAAUCCCGUAACCUCUCUUUUUUCACUCAGCGUGUUCUGACUGGAAGUGUUCUGUGGAUAAACCAUUUAAAAAGUUUAGCAAGUGACCUGCAGGAUGCUGAUGCUCAGAAACUUUUGGAAUUUGGCAAACUGGUUAUUGAAAAAAUGAAAACUCUUCAAAAUCACUGGAUGAGGAGGGAAGCCAAAAAUAUUUUGAGAUUCGUAGAAUCAAAACCUCUUGAAAUGAAUCCAGAACGUCUACAAUUCUGGUUCUAUGGCUUUUCCAAAGAAGAAAGAGCUAAAUUAGAAAACUCAUCUAUACUGUUAAAUUUUUCUGUUCCAGAAAAUGAGAAGAUUCUUAGCAAAAGUUUUAACUCCUCCCACUUGCUCCAUUUUGACUGGCCUAAAUCUCCAGCCAUGAACAUAGACUUUAUACAUUUAAGCAAAAUGAUAAUAAACAGUCUCUAUGAAUUUCACUUUCUGACACAGGAGCAAGUCUCUGUUGCUCUGGACACAGUACAUGCUAUACAGAAUGCAUCUGAUCUUUUUUUGGCUCUUUCUGAACCUCAAGCUCACGAAGUUGCUACCAUUUUGACUCAUAUAUACCUAAACAUCUUCAAAGACAAAGAUGUGGCCUCACUUCUGAGGAUCUAUUCUUCAUUUCACCAACAUAUUAAUAAAUUCUUGAACGUUCACAAUAGAGACUCUCUGAUAAUUUACCUUAACCAAAUCUCUAGAAGCAUUUUGGACAUCAUAAAGCAGUUUAGUUUCCAAAACAUCAGUAAAGCUCUGUCUCUUAUAUCUGAGACAGCAGAGGUUCUCCAGGGAAUAUCUGAAGCAUCUUGUUGUCGGCAGUUGCUUUCAAUGUUUAACUUUUUAGAGCUCCAAGCCGAGUCUCUGCUGUCUACAAAGGGCCAGACGUCGGGAGUGAUCCUCUCCACUCUGACAGGCCUUAAGCGGCUGCUUUCGGUAGAUGAAGGCUUCCGUGUUUCUUUGCUUCAGUUUGUGAAUCAGCUCUCCAAUGGUUCAGCAGAAGUCCUGUUAGUCAGCGAAUGCUUCAUUCUGGAUAAUGAAACAAUUUCUUCUGUGAAUUAUUCAGGAGGUGAGGGGUCCUCACUGCCUCUUCUGUGGACACGAGGUUUUUCAAACCUCUCGGCAAAUGGCAGCGUGUUCAGUGACUUCACGGCUGUUCACUGCACCCUUUCAUGGCUUCAGAUGUGGACUGAGAUCUGCGGAAGCAUUGCUCAGAUGUUUAAACUUGACCCGAACAUGUUUACUCCCAUGCAUGUUGGUCUCACUCAGCUUUUAGAUGAACUGGAAAACGAUGUGGAAGUUUCUAAAAACUGUCAAGGAGUAUUUCCCACCCACCGUGCUGCUAGACUCAUGUUAAGUUUGUUUGAAAAUACAACUCAGGAGAAUGGCUUUCAUGACUGGGCUGCUCUCCUGGAUCUCAAGAAUCUUUGGGUAGCAUUAGGUAACGAAUUAGCUAUGGUAGGACUGCUUAAUCUGGACCAAGCAGAGAAAUCGUUUUUCACCAUGGAAACCUCCCUGUGCCAGCUGAAGACAUUUUCUUUGAACACAAACAUAAGCAGUGAGAUUUUACAUUCUCUGCUUGAUGUUUUCAUUGCGUUAAGCAAAGCCACGGACUCUGUGGAUAGAAGAGGAGAUCUGAUAGAUGGCUUUCUUUCAAAUUAUCUCACAAACCAUAGAGCAAAUCCCGAAAGUAUCAUGGCUGAGCUGAGAGAAAUAAUAUUAUUUCUUAGAAAUGUGUCACAUGAUCAGGCUUUGUUGUCAUGCACUGGUGUCUUCCAGGAUGUUACUGCAUUGAUUUUAGAAGAUAGCUUGGUAUAUGUAAACAGUUCAAAGAGGAUAGUACAAAUCCUUGCCAUGUUAAAUUCCACAUUUUCCUCUGAGAAUGCAGUUAGCAGGCUGAAAGGAUGCACCGCAUGGAUAGACAUUGUAAACCGUCUAUUUGGCAUGUAUAACUCAAGUUUCUCACAAAGCCAUCUUCACCAUUCUUUUGGAAGUUUCAAGAAUGUGGAGAACAAAAUGAACUCUGCCUUGAACAUUUUAACUUGGGUGCUAAAUAAGAAGAAACCUGUUUGUUCCUUGAAUGAGUCAGAUGUAAAUUGUGUAAAUAUUUACUUGAAAGACAUAGCUGACUUUCUAAAUAUUAUAUUUACUACAGGGUUGGAAAAAGAGAGGAUACCAAAAUUUGAGAUUUUAUUAGCUCUUUUAAAUGAUUCCACAAAGCAAGUAAGGAUGACUGUCACCAACUUAACAAGAGAUUUUGAGUUUGCCUCCCAAUCCAACUGGAAGCAUCUUAGUGAAUUACUUCUAAGACCCAUAGAAGUGACAGCUGAAAUUCCUGACCAGUUUCAAAAUAUUUGGCUGCACGUAAUAGCACUUGGGAAGGAAAUGCAGAAACUUCUAAGAGAUGUGUUCCCUCAUAUCCUGCGAAAUGAAUCCUCUUCUAACACUAAAACAACUUUCAGUGUAUUUUCUACCAGUCUAAAGGAAAAAGAUAUAAGCAGUUUAAGCAGGUCAAUUUACCACUUAGCUAAUUACCUUGCUCUCAGCUUAUCUCACAAUCUUCACAACUCAUCAGAAGUAGAUCCACAUGAAAUACUGAAAGCUCUGGGUCUUAGUAUUCAGGUGAUGAGGGAUGUGUUCAACUCCUUAAUGCCGGCUGUUCAUUUCGAUAUUCCACACAAUUCAGGCUAUGCUCAAGUUUUAAAGAAAGUAGCAUCUCUCAUGCAUUCUCUCAGGAAGGCAGACAUAGAACUCUUAGUAAACCAGCUUGAACAAAUUAGUGAAAGUCUACUGGAUUUCUCUAAGAAUCUCAGCAGAUCAGGCAUUGACAAUUUAGGGGUCAAUACUCUUGCUGAUUUGGUGGAAAAAUUUGUAGAUAGCUCACAUUCCUGGAGUGUUAGUCAUCUGCUGCGCCUCUCGCGCCUGCUUCCUAAAGAAGUCGUGAACUCUGUGGUGGAUGCGUACUAUGCUCUUCCUCACGUGGUGGGGCUCCUGCGGAGAGUCAAGGAUAAGAACAUCACAGAAGGUCUCAGGGAUGUCUAUAACUUCACGCUUCUUCACAACAUAAGCAUUUUCAAUAUCACCAAGGAAGAAUUUGCUAUUGUGAUAAAAACUCUUCUGGAUAUCGUUGAGUUAAUAUCAAGCCAACCGACUGUUGUUUCAGAGGCCUUAACAUGCCUUCCUGUGGUUUGGUGCUGGAACCACACAACGUCCAGCUUUGUGCAGAACUCCAGCGUAGAAGGCUGCGAUAUCCAUAGAUUCACGUCUUCUUCAUUUUAUCAAGCCAUUGCCUGGAUACUUGACCUUCUCCACCUGCAUCUCCCUGAUGAAGACUCACAAUGUUUAAAUGAAAACUCACAUGUGGAAAUAAACAGGAAAAUAGCCUGUGUGAUCCAUGAUUUAUUGGACUGGAAUUCAGCUCUUUCAGAGGUGUUUGAGAUGUUCUAUACUAAAACCUUAUUUGUGAAAACUGUCCGGGAAUUUUGGCUUAAGGCAUUACCCUUUAUAGAACCUUCUGGAAAUCAAAGUAAUGGAAGCCUCUCGGAACUUUGCCCUGCUGGCACUAUAAAGCAAGUAACAUUUCAAAUCAUAGAAAAGCUAAAAAAUGUCAAUUUUACAGAAUUUAUACUGGGUGAAAACAUUUUGGACAAAAUAGAUAGUUUAAUCAAGAUUCUUAAUAUUACUGAAGUCAUAGAAACAUCCACACAAAGCAGUAUUUCCUUAAGUUUGGAAAGGUUAUUAAAAUUGAUUUCUAGUGCUUGGAGUCUAAAAAAUAGUGCUCACUACUCACUUUCUCCAUUUAUGGUAUUUCUGAAUACAAAUCUUACAGAAAGUAGUUUAGCAUCAUUAUUGAGUUUAAUUAAAAAUAGCAAAGUGCCUUACAACUUUGAAGAAUUACAGUUCAACUCUAAACAAACCCACAAAAACUCAUCCAAUGACUUGAGUAUGGGACAACUGCUUUCUAAAAUUAAUAAAAAGAUCCAAGGUAUGGCUCUUCAAAACACAACUUUGCAACUUUCUCACUUUCUAGAAAUCUUGGAUUCAUCAUUACUGAAGGCACUGAAAGUUAUAGAAACUUUUCUGUUAGUCACAAAAUAUUGGCUUCAUGAAUACGCGAAUGAAGAUUACUUCAGGUUGAUACAAAGAUUAUUCAUUGCCAAGGCCAAUGAGAGCUCAACUGAUGAAACUGUGUUUACUGAGGAUCUUACUAUCUAUUUGGACUAUCUCAAAAACAUUUCUAGAAAAGACGAUUUGGAUAUUUCCUUUCUCACCUAUCUGCUGAAUCAAGAACAGCUAACAAACUUCUCAGCUGUUCAGUUGUUUCUUGAAAGCAUGAUGGUGAAUCCGAUCAAUAUCGUUUCUGGGGUUUCCGAAGAAUCAACUCCAAAUUUAAGUGGUGCUGACCUUCAGACACCGAAUUUCAUUAAUCUCACAUUGAGUCACAUGCAGUCAGAGAACAGUGAGGAAACAACUCUUCCCUUGGCAAGCACAGAGAAUCUCAUGAAAUGGCUUUUGGAGACAUACUCCUCUCUUUUCCUAAAGAAAACGUCUGAAAAUAAAAUAUCACUUCUACUGAAAGACUUCCACAGAGACGUCAGUGCAGAGAUGAGUUUUGUCCCCAAAGAUAAAAUUCUAGAAGUCCUGAAACUGGAUCAGUUUCUUACCUGGAUGAAUGAAGACAUACUGAUGAGCAUUUUCUCAAAUUUCAAGACUCUGUAUCAUCUAAUUAAGAACUCAUUUACAUCAGAUAGCAGACAGCUCUAUGCUGGGGACUCCACAAUGAAAACUGAGACUGAAGAGAAUUUGGACUUUUUUACAGUGGUGACUGAGUUUCUUUUCCAGGUUAAUAAUUCUGAAGACCUCUUCAAACUCAACCAAAAUCUCAGGUCUGUUUUUCAGCUUGUAAGAGAAAGUUCCAUAGCAAUGUCAAAUCUCAUGGACAUUCUUUUAAACUCUAGUAAUCAGGACUUCCCUACUUCAUGCCCUGCAUUCCAAGAUAUUGCAGUUGCUAAGCUUACUGACUUGUUUUCAUUUAUUAAUAGUUCAUUCAUUCUAAGAAACAGAAAAACACUAGAAUUGACCAUGAGGUUGUUUGGUGCCAUUUCCAGAGUUGGUGAAGAAAGUCAUACCCUGGAGCCUGUCUUAGAAAUGUCUAGAACUCUGACCAUGCUAGUGCAUGGCAGUGCUGAACUGGGAGAUCAUGCUACAUCAGUGGACUCCAUGGUGAAACUUCUUAAGCUAGCCCAAAAAGUUUCAAGGAAGAUGGUUAUGAUGUUUAGAACUCACUUCAUCUCGAAGGACACUGUGACAUUCUCUGACACUCUGCAUUCCAUCAUGCAACAAAGUGUUCAGCAUAUUGUGAAAAAAAAAACUACUUUGAAAAAAGAAGACCCUUCCAUAUUUGAAAAGACAAAGGAUUUGUUGAUGCCGUUUCUUGACUUGACCUUUGGGAUGAUUGGAGUCACACCUAACAUGUCCCAGGACUCUGAUGUUUUCAAUGCAUCAUCUAGCAUACUCUCAUUUGUGAACCAAUCUGAAGACUUUUCUGUUACUUUAGAAGAAAUGGCUGAAUUUUUAAUUUCUGUGAAAAUCAAUUUGAGAGAUUUGGACCAUCUUGUGGUGGUGAUUAAAAAUAAGACUCAACUUUUUUCUGUUGAUUCAGUUAAUGUAGGGGAAGAUAUUCUGGAUUGCUUAGUUCCUAUAAAUAAUAUCACCAACCAGAUAGACUUCCUGAUGCUUAAUCCAAUUCUGACUACCAGUAGCUCUCAAGAUCCAAGACCAGAAGGGAUUAGUGAACUAAUCCAUUUUUUGGAUGAAAUAUUGACAGAAAACAGCACAGAAAGAGAGACUUUCUUGAAAAUGGUGAUUGAUCUUACCCUACAAGCUCUUUGGAAUGGCUUAAAGGAGGAUAACUGGGAUGUAUUUAAUUUACUGUUGACAUUUGCCCAGCAUCCAAACGACCUUUUAAAAACCAUAGAAACAUUUAUAGAGACCUCUAGUGGAAUUCAAAGUGACCAUGGAGGUGAUGUAAGGAAAGAUUUGUUUUUCAACAUGUCUUUGAUUCCGAAUAUCACUCGUCAUCAGCUUGCAAAGACAAUCCUGAUUGGUCUCAGCAAAAUAGUUCUCUCAAAGGAAGGGUUGCCCCCAAACAAUGCUCAGUGGAUACAGUUCUUACACACUUUGUUUCACCCCAUUUUUGAGAUUUUUCCUGAUUCAACCGUUGGACAAGCUGCCAUACCAGCCAAAGAUGAGAGGACCAAUGGAAAGAAAAACAUUCCUCAUGGCUUCAAACAAAUGUCAUACUUCCAGAAACACCUGAUGGCAUUGUUUGUAUUGAUUGAACAUUGGAAGAAAGUCCUACUGGCAGAGCAAAGUGUUUUAGAGGCGUGUCAAGCUUUCCAGCAGCUGGAGAAGCCCUCGGAAGCCGUGGAGAUGCUGCACAGAGUGGAGAUGAUGGCUCUGCGUGUGAUCAUCAUCUUUGCAGAAAACCCUUCCUUGACAAAGGACGUUCUAUGUGCUACACUCAGUUGCAACCGAGGUGGGAUGAGGCAUCUCCUUCUUUCUGCUCUGCGGGGGGUUGCACUGGUGCAUGGUCACUACCAGGAGAUUGAAAAGAUAUGGUCCUCAUCUGAUCAGCUAGAUUGUGAACAUCUUAGCAGGAAUCUCUUCACAGCCUUGGAAAGCUUCAAAAGCAACUUGGAAAACACAACCAGCCAGGACUGUGAAUGUCAGCCUCCAGUGGGGUCCAUUCAGCAGCACAUGCACAUGUUGGCCAACAGCCUUGAGACUUGGAUGUCAAGGAACCCCAUUAUGACUUUCCUUAGCAAUUUCACAGUCACCCAGGAUGUAAAAGUAAAAGAUUUGAUAAAGAACAUCACCAAGUUAACAGAAGAGCUUCGGUCCUCCCGCCGUAUCUCAGACGAAACCAUCCACAGCAUCUUAGAAGCGAACAUUUCCCAUUCAAAGGUUAUCUCCAGUAUCCUCACAAUAGCUGUGUCUGGGAAGUGUGACAAAGAAAUUAUUCAUCUCUUGCUGACAUUUCCUGAGGGAGACGAAUCCUGGUUUGCUGUGAAGGAGCUCUGCAGCCUACCCAGGUCUCAAGUGUACUCUUUGCUUGUGGUGAUAAGUCGGAACUUGAACCUGAGGACCUUUCUCUACAAAACUCUGAUACCCUCUGAAGCAAAUGACUUGCUCGACUCCCUGUUGGAUGUGAUUUCCAGCCUCAGCUCCCUACUAGCUAGAGCUCAGCAUGUCUUCGAAUACCUUCCUGAAUUUCUUCACACAUUUAAAAUCACUGCCUUGCUAGAUAUGCCGGACUUCCAACAGGUUUCACAAGUUGGCCAAGCCAGAAGUACAACUUUUGAUUCUUUGCAGUCAGUGAUGAAGCUGCUUUGUAAGGAUCAGACGUCCUUCCUUAGCAACUCUAACAUGUUUGUUAAUUUACCCAGAGUAGAUGAACUCUUGAAAGAUGACAAAGAAAAAUUCAACAUUCCUGAAGAUUCAACACCAUUUUGUUUGAAGCUUUAUCAGGAAAUUCUACAGUCUCCAAAUGGUGCAUUGGUGUGGUCCUUCCUAAAACCUAUAUUACAUGGAAAAAUACUGUAUACACCAAACUCUCCAGAAAUUAAUGAGGUCAUUCAAAAGGCCAAUUAUACUUUCUAUUUUGUGGACAAGCUAAAAAAUUUAUCAGAAACACUCCUGAAGUUGUCCAGCCUUUUCCAGGGAAGUGGAAAUGGCCAAAUGUUCAACCAGCUGCAGGAUGCUCUAAGAAACAAGUUUAUACGAAACUUUGUAGAGAGCCAGUUACAUAUUGACAUGGACAAACUCACUGAAGACCUGCAGACAUAUGGGCGGAUGCUGGACAAGAUGUUUAACCACGUGGGAGGUGGGCGCUUCCAGUUUUUGGGCAGUAUCUUGGUCAAUCUCUCUUCCUGUGUGGUGUUGGACCGGUUCCAGGCAGCAGAGUCUGUCGACACCCUGGAGACUAAGGCACGUGAGCUCAUGCAACAGAACAGCUUCUUGGCCAGUGUCAUAUUCAACAGUUCCUCAGUCCACAGACAUAUCAGAUCAGCUCCUCCCAAGUUGCCACCCCACGUCACAUACACCAUUCGCACCAGUGUCUUAUAUAGCAUGAGAACAGACAUGAUAAAAACUCCUUCCUGGAAGUUCCACCCUCAGAGUCUACCGGCCGAUGGGUUCAAAUACAACUACAUCUUCGUCCCACUGCAAGACAUGAUUGAAAGAGCCAUCAUUGUGGUGCAGACUGGGCAGGAAGCCCUGGAGCCGACCACACAGGCACAGGCAGCACCUUAUCCAUGCCACACCAGCGAUUUGUUCCUUAACAACGUUGGUUUCUUUUUUCCACUGAUUAUGAUGUUGACUUGGAUGGUGUCUGUGGCCAGCAUGGUCCGGAAGCUGGUUUAUGAGCGAGAGAUCCAGAUAGAAGAGUACAUGCGGAUGAUGGGGGUUCAUCCAGCGAUCCACUUGCUGGCAUGGUUCCUGGAGAACGUGGCCAUGCUGGCUCUGAGCAGUGCGGCUCUGGCUAUCAUUCUGAAGAUCAGUGGCAUCUUUGCAUACAGUGAUGCCUUUAUUGUUUUUCUCUUCUUCCUAAAUUUUGGGGUGUCAGCUGUCAUGCUGAGUUACUUCUUGAGUGCAUUUUUCAACCAAGCUAACACAGCUGCCCUGUGUACCAGCCUGGGAUACAUGAUUAGCUUUCUGCCUUAUAUCGUCCUGUUGGUCCUACACAACCAACUCAGUUUUGUCAUUCAAAGCUUACUGUGCUUGCUUUCAACAACUGCCUUUGGACAAGGAGUAUUUUUCAUCACGUUUCUGGAAGGACAGGAGGAAGGGAUCCAGUGGCAUAAUAUGUACCGAGCUCCAGAACCAGGGGGCAUGACAUUCGGCUGGGUCUGCUGGGUGAUUCUAUUUGAUUCAAGCCUUUAUUUUUUAUGUGGAUGGUACUUCAGCAACUUGGUUCCUGGAACAUUUGGUUUUCAGAAGCCCUGGUAUUUCCCCUUCACUGUAUCCUACUGGGAAAGUGUGUGUGGCCUGAUGGGGAAGCAGAAACUGUCUCUGAGUGAGGGUCUGUUUUUUUACAAUGAAGACUUGGGCAGUAAAGGAUCCUCACAGCAAAAUGGAUCAGGAGAGCUAGAAGGAGGUACUCCGGGAGUGGCCUUGAUAUCUGUGACCAAGGAGUAUGAGGACCACAAGGUGGCUAUCCAAGACCUCACACUCAAUUUCCACGGAGGCCAGAUCACAGCCCUGCUGGGGACCAAUGGUGCUGGGAAAACCACUAUCAUAUCCAUGUUGAUGGGGCUCCACCCUCCCACUUCUGGAAUCAUCAUCAUCAAUGGCAAGAACCUGCAGACAGAUUUGUCCAGUGUCAGAGAGGAGCUGGGCGUUUGUCUGCAGCGGGAUGUUCUGCUGGACAAGCUCACUGUCCGGGAGCACCUGCUGCUCUUCGCCUCCCUAAAGGUACCAUGGUGGACCAAGAAGGAACUACAGCACCAAGUUGAUAAAACUCUUGAUGAAGUAGGGCUAACUCAGCAUCAGCACAAACCAGCACGAACCCUGUCUGGAGGCAUGAAGAGGAAGCUCUCCAUUGGCAUCGCUUUCACGGGCAUGUCAAGGACGGUGGUUCUGGACGAACCCACCAGUGGGGUGGACCCUUGCUCCCGUCGCAGCCUCUGGGACAUUCUGCUGAAGUUCCGGGAAGGUCGCACCAUCAUCUUCACAACCCACCACCUUGACGAAGCAGAGAUGCUCAGUGACCGUGUAGCUGUCCUCCAGCAGGGGAGGCUCAGGUGCUGUGCUCCUCCUGCCAGCCUGAAGGAGGCCCACAGCCAAGGACUCACCCUGACACUCACGAAACAAGUAUUUUUGAUGCUUUUGCAAGAUACCAACAAAAAAUCUUACAUCACUCCAGGAACCAAAGAGCUUCAGAAUGAGAGACCUUCUGGGCCCUCUCCCGGCCACUCCCCUACAGGAAGCUCUCCUGUGAGGAACCCACCUGUGUGUACCCUGCCUGAGCCUGUGCGGGGCUGCCAGCUGCUGCUGGGACAGGUGACUGCACUCCUGAGGAAGCGGUUACUCCACACUCUGCGAGCCUGGAAAAGCACAGCCUCGGACCUUCUUCUGCCUGUGCUCUUUGUGGCCUUGGCCAUGGGCUUGUUCAUGGUGGAGCCUCUGGCUAUCACCUACCCUCCCCUCAAACUGACACCUGGCCACUAUGAGAGGGCAGAAACCUACUUUUUCAGCACUGGGGGCCAUGGCAUGGACCUCACCCGUGUGCUCUUAAAGAAGUUUGGAGAUUGGGAUCCUCUCUGUGCUGAUGUAGAUCAGAAGAAUUCUUCAAGCUGGCACAGGGGUCCUUAUUCUGUUCCUGAAUUCCAGGGCUCCUGUGGCUGCCUGAAGUGUCCAAAUAAAAGUGCUGGAGCUCCCCACCUGACCAACUGCCUGGGACAUACACUGCUCAAUCUCUCAGGCUAUGACGUGGAGGAAUACUUGUUGGUGCCGUCUGCAAAACCAAGGCUUGGUGGUUGGUCUUUUGGAGUGCCAGUCCCCAAUGAAGUUCAAGAUUUGAAUACAAAUACAUCAAAACCAAGAACUCUGGCAAAGGUGUGGUACAAUCAGAAGGGUUUCCAUUCUCUCCCGUCCUAUCUCAAUCAUCUCAACAACCUGAUCCUGUGGCAACACUUACCCCCCGAGACUGCAGCCUGGAGACGAUAUGGAAUAACACUGUAUAGCCACCCGUAUGGAGGGGCCUUGCUGAAUGAAGACAAGAUCCUGGAGAGCAUCCGCCAGUGUGGUGUCGCCCUCUGCAUCGUCCUGGGAUUCUCCAUCUUGUCAGCAUCAAUUGGUAGCUCUGUGGUGAGAGACAGAGUGACUGGAGCCAAAAGGCUGCAGCACAUAAGUGGCCUUGGCUAUAGGACAUACUGGCUGACUAACUUCCUGUAUGACAUGCUCUUUUACUUGGUUUCCGUCUGCCUGUGUGUCGCCAUUAUAGCCGCCUUCCAGUUAACAGCUUUUACUUUCCGUGAGAACUUGGUGGCCACGGCUCUCCUGCUGGCACUUUUCGGAUAUGCAGUGCUUCCAUGGAUGUAUCUGAUGUCCAGAAUCUUUUCCAGCUCAGAUGUAGCUUUCAUCUCCUACAUCUCCUUGAACUUUGUCUGUGGCUUGUGUACCAUGCUGAUGACCACCAUGCCCUGGCUUUUGGCCAUCAUUUCCAAAGCCCAGAAUUUGCAGAAAAUCUACAAUGUCCUCAAGUGGGUCUUUACUGUUUUUCCUCAAUUCUGCCUGGGGCAAGGACUCAUAGAACUCUGCUAUAAUCAGAUCAAGUAUGACCUGACCCACAACUUCGGCAUUGAUUCCUAUGUGAGUCCCUUUGAAAUGAAUUUUUUGGGCUGGAUCUUCGUGGACUUGACCUUGCAGGGCACAGUUCUUCUCCUCUUGAGGAUUCUGCUACAUGGGGACCUUCUACGGUGGUCAAGGGGCCACUCUUCCCAGCAGGACACACUCAAGUCUGCUAAGGACAUAGAUGUUGAAAAGGAGCAAAGGAGGGUAGUUGAAGGAAGGACCAACGGAGACAUUCUUGUGUUAUGCAACCUUAGUAAAAGUUAUGGAAGCAUUUUCAGGAAGACUACCGCUGUGCAAGAUGUCAGUCUGGGCAUACCAAGAGGAGAGUGCUUUGGACUCCUUGGGGUGAAUGGCGCUGGGAAGAGCACCACAUUCAAAAUGUUGAAUGGUGAAAUUCCUCCAAGUUCAGGACGUGUGGUCAUCAGGACUCCUCGAGGAGAUGCGGUGGAUCUGGAGUCUGCUUACCAGGCAGGCAUUCUCAUUGGCUACUGUCCGCAGCAGGAUACCCUGGAUGAGCUCCUGACUGGUUGGGAACAUCUCAGUUACUACUGCAGACUGCGUGGGAUUCCAAGGCAAUACAUCCCCCAGGUAGCUGCAGACCUGGUGAGACGCCUGCAUCUUGAAGCCAACGUGGACAAGCCUGUGGCCACCUACAGUGGGGGCACCAGACGGAAGCUCUCCACAGCCCUGGCCUUGGUGGGGAAACCUGACAUCCUGCUACUGGAUGAGCCCAGCUCUGGCAUGGACCCCUGCUCUAAGCGGUAUCUGUGGCAAACAAUAACACAGGAAGUUCGGGAUGGCUGUGCUGUGGUGCUGACCUCACACAGCAUGGAAGAGUGUGAGGCUCUGUGCACCAGACUGGCCAUCAUGGUGGACGGCAGCUUCAGGUGUCUUGGCCCCCCUCAGCACAUCAAGAACAGGUUUGGUGAUGGUUAUAUAGUCAAAAUUUGGCUAUAUAAAGAAGCUAGUCAGCCAGCUGCUAUUUCUGACUGCCUGAAGCUCCAUUUUCCAGGAAUCCAGUUUAAGGGACAGCACCUUAAUGUAUUGGAAUACCAUGUGCAAAAGAGUUGGGAAUGCUUGGCUGACCUGUUCAAAGUUCUAGAGAACAACAAGAGCCUCCUGAAUAUCAAGCAUUACUCCAUCAGCCAGACCACUCUGGAGCAGGUUUUUGUUAAUUUUGCUACUGAGCAGCAGCGAACUCCACACUCCCCUCUUGAUCCAUCCACGGAUGGUUACCAUCUGUAACAUUCACCCACCUAGCCACUGAAGACUGUCUGUCAUCACAGUGAAUCAAGGACAUUCAAAGGCACAACUGAGGAACAGAAGGACACACUCCACACAGUCACAUAUUCUCUCCUUUCACAGUCUGUUAAAAACACCUUGCUCAUUAAUAGUCAACAAACUGAAAGGCCAUUCUCUUCAGUUGACUUUUGGAGAGAUUUCCCUCUCUGCCAAGUCAGAUGGGUACGAGGUUCUCUAUGGAUAAAGCAGGCAUGAACUGACAGAGUGAACUGGCCACCCAAGACAAAACACAGCAUGUUCCCUUUAAGUAAACUGAGUUUCUAGCUUAUUUGGGGAGGAAACAGUAUCAAGGACGGCUUUCUAUUUUUUUCACAUUUUAAAAUACAAAUUUAGUAUUUAAAUGCAAACUUUUCAUAAACUAAAUGACAAUAUGGUAUGACAUGGAAAAGUGUCAUUUUUUGUAUGCAAUAUAUGCUUUAAAAUGGGAGUCAGAGACCUUUGUUAUGGCAACCCAUCAGCAAAAUUUAAGUCAUUUAUCAUUUAUAAGUCUUACUAGAAUCUCACAGACUAAUUUUGGGGUGGUAUAGAACAAAGGUGGAUUUUUUUGUUAAUUUGAAUGAAUAAUUGCUGUUUUUCUUAUUGUAAGACAGUUGUUUUGAAGUAUGAAGAGUUCCUGUUGCAAGAAUUGGCUUCACCCAGAGCUGGGUAGAAACACACUUUCUCAUAUUCCAUCUCAGAACAAAAAAAUCUCAUCCUUGGGCUGCAGCCCAACAUUUUGGGUUUAAACAUGCAUAAUUCAGGUUGACAGCCAGUGGCCCCAGGCAAUGUCUAGUCCCCUUCUAGCUAUGAAUGUAAUGUCAGCACAGUAUAUAGUUACUGAACACUGAAUUUUAAAUAUUUCUCAAGUUUUCUAAAAAAUGUCACUCUCAGAAUUGCUGCCUUCAAAGAUAUGAUUCCCAACGUUUCUAUUAAAAUAAUGCUUUAUGGGAAUUGGAAAGAUGGGUCAGAGGUUAAGGGCACUGGCUGCUCUUGCCGAGGAUCUGGGUUCAAUUCCCAGCACCCACAUGGUGGGU